CUCCAGGAUAACUGAAGGUUAAGAUACUGCAAGGUCAUAACCUGGUAGAUGUUUAGACUCUAGAGUUAGACACAUCUGUAUGGCGUAUGAAAUGCUCUUUAUAAAGCUAAAUGAUGCCCAGUUACAACUAUGAUGCUUUUGUUUGUAAUUAAUUUCAAGCUGAAUCCUUUGUGAUAGCCUGUUAUGUUGUUUUCAUUCAGCAGUAAUGUCAGAGAAACAGCCCCACUUCAGCCAGCCUCAGGUGGUUGAGAUGAUGAAGAGGCUCUUCAAUCUGACGACAUCAGAAAUUCGCUCUCUGCCGAGCUACGAGGAUCAGAAUCUCUAUGUGGCGCCCAUCGAGGGCGGCGAGUAUGUCCUGAAAAUUAUGAACUCAGUAGACAGUAAGAACCCUACCCUGAUUGAGAUGCAGACGUAUGCUAUGUCCGUCCUUCAGAAAAACGGACUACCUGCCCAAACAGCCCUGCCCACCACCUCAGGACAGCUCAUGAGCCUGGAAGAAAUAGAUUGUGGCUAUGGCUUUCAGAAGUACCUGGUGCGGCUGCUGACUUAUUUACCCGGAACCACCAUUUCUAAGGUCCCUUUAACACCAAAGUUACUGUAUGAAACUGGCAAGACAGCAGCCAGGAUGGACAAAAUCCUGCAAGAGGGUCCACCAUGUUGCACCGCCAUGUUUCUACAGUAGCCCUGGAGUUGACUGGAGGUUGCAAUUUGUAAUUCUCAACAUUAGAUGUCCCUAAAUCCCCCUAAAAUGAACACAAUGCUCCUUUGUCUGACAAUAUUGGUGUUUUGAAUCAAGUCAAAAAUGCACUGUCCACAUUGUUAUGCUACUUCAUUGUCACCCAUGUUGGUAGUGUUUUAGAAUCUAACUCAUGUAUAUAAUAAAAGACUAACCCUUCACUGCUAAUUAAACAUGAAGCUAGAUUUCUGGAGCUGCUAAGCUUUGCUGAGAGACUUAUGUUUUCUUAUCUUCCUUCAAUUUUAUUUUGUACUUGUCCUUCUUUCUUUCACUUUCCAAUAUUAC